GUUUUCCACAUGAACCUCCUUGAGGGCUACACCACAGGUACAGUUGCUUGCCUGGAUGCGACACGCGAGCCUCUGGCUGCCAGGAACUGGGACUUGAACAAUGCUGGCAUAGUCGCAGCGCUGCGCAACUGCGUCUCCCUAGACGACAAGCAUGUCCUCGAUGGCAUUGUUGGUGCACACAGGGCAUGGACCACCUUACGCUCCCGUCACCAGAAGCUCAGGCCCAUAGCCCAGAUUCUAAAAAUCCAAGAGCUACUCAAUGUGUGUUACUCCAAGAACGCCAACCUUGCCGAAACCAGUCAUCGCCUUACUGAAGGUGUUCACUCCAUCUUCGAUAUGGGGAUACUGACACAACAGGUUUUUCUAUCAAUCAUCAUGUUGAAUGCCCUUACUGGAGACCUGUCCCACGUCUGUGACCAAGUCGCCAGCUCUCUUGCAGCUAGUUCUGUGUUGAACCCCUUCACACCUGACGACAUUUGUAUCCAACUUGAUAUGGAACAACAACUC